UUGAAAUCCGCCUGGUGUAUACUCAAACACGCUUUUAGACACUUACAUUUUUACACACACAGACGCACAAGCACGCACGCUUUACAGCUUUGCUCUGCUCUCGAUUUAAUCCGCACCAUAUUUUUGACCGGGGCAUCACCUUUGGUUCCAACCAACCCAGACAGACGCUACUAGGCUUGUAUGCUUCGCUGCACCAUUGGUUUUUCCAGACAUAGAAUUGCACUUUUACCACCGCUCGCGCUCACCAACACACUCACUAGAGGGCUCGCUCCAUUGAAGAGAUACACAGCAGCAUCGGCCUUUCAAAGACUGCCAAAGAUGCCAGAGGAACUUACCAACACUAGCUGUGCGAUGGUCACUUCUGCCGAGAUUGGAACCAAACGCGAGGGCUCGCCCGUCCACGACAAUGUCAUAGCAGCAGAGGGCACAGGACCCACCGACGUUGAGCCCCAACCCGAGCAGAAGCGCAAAAAGCUGGAGCACAACGCUGGUAACCGCAACCGCAAGCCCCGGGUUGUGCGCAAGUCCAGCGCCGAUGAGACUGUGCUCGACACGAUAGAUAUGCUUCUUCGCAGCACCUGGGCCGAGGGGCGCGCCGAGACAAACUCCGAGGAGGCCCCCGAGGCAUUUGGCUGGGAGGCCGGCGACAAGCAGGGCGAGGCUGAAUUUUGCCGCGCAGCACCGGUGCCCGCCAAACUUGCCGGUGGUGCCGAGGACGAGUGCGAAUUUGAAGUAUACGUGCACGAGCUAACCGAGCGCGGAGUCGGAGUGGCAACCCGCGAGUCGGCAGCCGAGCUGCGCGAGAUGGUCACUGCGGGCAAGCGGCCUUGGGCCUUUGCUGUGUCGUUCACCCUGCGUGGCGAAAGGGUCAGGAUAAGGUCGGUACGGCACGAGUGGGGGUACACGCACACCGAUCUGCUGGAGGUCACAGAAAAGUCGCCGCUGCGCAUAGAGGCGCCGUGCCAGUACUACGGCAAAUGCUCCGGUUGCCAGCUACAGCACAUUGGCUAUGCUGAUCAGCUGGUUUUUAAGCGCCAGGUGGUUGAGCGCGCGCUCAUGCAGGCCAACACCCUGUUUGCCAAGCUGCCUGUGUCCGAGGUCUCGCAGUCGCCGCUGCCGUUUGGUUAUCGAACCAAGUUGACGCCGCACUUUGACAUCCGCAAGGACACGCCGCCAGAACAGGUUGCAAUUGGCUUUGGCAUGGCCGGCCAGCGCCGCGUCCUGGACAUCGAGGACUGUAUGAUUGGCACAGACGCUGUUCGCAGCGGAACAACAAAGGCGCGCGAGGUUGCGAGGGCCAAGAUGGACACGUACAAGCGCGGGGCGACGCUGCUUGUGCGCGAGACGAACGUGCCCAAGGGCGAUCCCAAGGGCGAUGUCACCACCAUCCCGGCGUCUGACCUUGUCAAGGACUUUAUCCUGGAGCCCAAGGCGUGGGUCACCGAUGUGGUCGGCGACCUGAAGUUCCGCUAUCCGGCGUCAUCGUUUUUCCAGAACAACGCCUCGAUCCUCCCUGCGUUCACUGGCUAUGUGCGCGACGAGCUGAGCAGUUGGAACCAACGGCUUUCAGCCUCCGAGGGCGGCCCGAGAGCAAUCACUCAUCUAGUCGACGCGUACUGCGGGUCAGGGCUGUUUGGAAUCGCGUGCCACGCCGACUUUGAGCGGGUCGUGGGCAUUGAAAUCUCCAACGAGUCCAUCUCGUGCGCCAACGACAACGCAAAGAUGAACGGCGCCGACAACUGUGACUUUCUCCUGGGCGACGCGUCAAAGAUAUUUGACAAGGUUGCCGCCAGUCCAAGAAGCACUGCUGUGAUUAUCGACCCCCCGCGCAAGGGAAGCAACCCCGACUUCCUGGACCAGCUGAUAGCCUACGGCCCUCAGGUCAUUGUGUACAUUGCCUGCGGUGUGCCCGCGCAGGCAAGGGACAUCAACCACAUGUUCAGCAGAGGUGCAAUAGCCGUUGACGGAGCCACUGCGUCAGUAGAGACAAAACCGACUGCCGUGUACCGAAUCACACGCAUACAGCCGUUCGAUCUCUUUCCGCAGACUUUCCACGUCGAGAACAUUGUCACGCUUGUUCGCCAGGACUAGGUGCGGGACCAGGCCUAGGGCCAGAGCAGCACAAGCCAUGUGGGGGAUCGUUGGCCGCGUCUACGGCGCUGCAAGCCAGCACACAGUAGCACCGCGGUGUCAACACAAAAAGACAGCCCACCAUCGUUUCUUGAUUACACUUUGCUCGAGAAGGCUAAUAUAAUGGCUAUUUCACGGACGCUUAUUAAAAUCCGGUCUGUUUAGUUUUGUUUUAUUUCGACUCUUCAUCGCGGUCUUAAUUUUUAUAUUUAAUUUACUCUGCUGUGAGCUGCGCAACCCACC